AGAUCCGUAAAGGCGGUUUCGUGUCAAAAUGGAAUAUCGUUCUUCCGGAUGCGCAUACAACCUACAUUUUCGAGGUUUUCUGCUUUAACGUACGAGCUACUUAUUUUUGAUAUGUGUUUUUAUUAGGACUUCAACUGCUGAGUUUUCAUUGUUACGUUUAAUAACGGAAGUUGCAUAUAUACAUAAUUUGUAAGGACACGUCUAAGAUAGUCAACUUUCGCGCCUUGACAGAACUCCAUGGAGGGCACUGCCUCCAUGCUUGUCAGAUCAGCAAAGGAAAAUAGCAGAAAAAGGCCUGAGUGAAAUACAAAGAGAACAUGGGCCCUGAGAUCCGGACGGUGGUACGUAGCACCCAAACUUGGCUGCAGUCGACCUGGCACAUCCACGUGCCAUUUGCUUGGUUGGAAGCCUGUGUGGACUGGCUGCAGGAAGAGGCAGGGGGAGCAGGUCAUCUGUCACAGCAGCAAAUCAACCAGCAGGCACUGGAUCAAUGGCUGUUGACCGACCUGAGGGACCUGGACUACCCUGUUCUCCCAGAAGGGCUUGAUCAGGCGCAGAAGACUGAACUGAGCGGUAUCUUCUGUGUUCAGGUUGACUCUUUAAUGGACAUCAGUCAGCCAGCAUACGGCCAGCUGCAGAAGUGGAAAGGCACAGACUGUACCAAUGAUGAAGUGUCCGCUGUCACACAGACCACCCAGAGGUCCUGGGAAGCAAGGCCAACCCGGAUGCUGCUUCUGCAGGUGACAGAUGGCGUCCAAAACCUAAAGGCCAUGGAGUAUCGGCCUAUCCCUGUCCUCAACACUGCACUCAGGCCUGGAGUAAAGAUACAAUUGCAAGGUCAGAUGGUUUGCAGACUUGGGGUGCUGUUGUUGGGGCCAUGUAACAUCAAGAUCUUAGGGGGUGAAGUGGAAGACCUGAUAGACAGAAACCAUCAGGGCAGAGUGCUGUGUCGAACUCUGGGACUUCCAGAAGAGGAGCAGCAGCAGCAUGAAGAGGAGAGGAGCCUUCCAGCAUUGCAGCAAGGCAAUCAGGAUGUGGAGGUCCUUGAGCUGGAAGAUGCAGAGUUGUUGGCCAGUCUGGAGGCCCAGGACGUGGUGGAGAGGGUUCAGGCCCCUCCAGUUCAGGACAGUGGCUACAGGACACUCAGCAUAAACUCUCUCACGAGAAGCAUGUCUGUCAGGAGCGUUGUGUCAGCAACUUCAUCCAGAGGUGAAUCCUCCCUCCGCUCUAACACAAGUGGUUUCACCCAGAGUGGCAGAGAUGGUUCAGUCAAAAGUCAUUACCGUGGAAAUGAACAAGACCAGACCCAACAAGAAAUUCAAGUUCAGAACAUGGCAGACCAAGAUUUUCCUGAUGAAGACUUUGAUGAUCUUCCGCUGGAUGAGUUGGACAGUGUCAUUUACCAGGAAAGCACAAAUGUAAUCCCACAGUCUGGCACCAGUCACAGAAACACACCAGAGAACACCACCAGAAUAAUGGAAACUCCUGGCAAUUUGGACAGAGUAGCAAAAAGUGAGCAGCACACUUCAAAAGGCUUUGGUUCAUGUAGCAAAUCCACACCCACAAUACGUGACAGAGACUAUAAGGGCAGCACUAGAGGAUCUACAGUGCAGUCAGCUGCAUCCACACCCUUUCCCCCUGCAGCUUCAAAGCCAUCACAUGAAUCUGAGUUUGUAACUAAUAACGAGGGUGAUGUUAUGGAUGAGGAUAUGGACUUCUGUACUGAAGAGUUAGACAUGUUUGCAUUGCAGAGCACUAAAACAGAUAAUGAGAGGUCACAAAGCGCUGUGCAGGGGCAAAGCUUCUCCCCAACAGCCAGAGAAGCAGACAGCACUGUCCCUGCCGUCACGCUGACCUCUCCACCUUUUACAUACUUAUGCCUGCUAGAGGAUCUGAUGUCCAAACCACACCCCCACACCACGGAGAUUCACGUCAAAGCGUUCAUCGUGACUCUCUUGGGCAAACUGAGCAGCAACAACGGCGUUUGGCGGGUCUGUGCUACGAUUUCUGAUGGAACGGGCUACUUGGAUGUGGAGUUAUCCGAUAAGGUUUUGACGAGCCUGCUCGGCUUCUCCGUGGCUGAGAAGGGGCUUAUGAAGCGUGAUCCAGCCCGGAGAGGUGAGCUGGAAGCUGGGAUGAGGCGGUGUCAGGAACAGCUGGUGGAUAUGUGCUGCGUUAUGACCAUUGUGGUUGAACCGGUGGGUAAGAAAGCUGUGGUGACCAAGGCUGAACCCAUCAACGAGAAAGUGCUCCAGGAGUUGGAGCAGAGGGUGAAAGACUCGAGAAAAUAAACAGAGGCAACGUGGAGCAAUAAUGAAAGCAAAGAUUUGAAUGAGAAUUGCCAACAAACUGGGACCAAUAUAACGUUGAACAUCCGCGUUUAAUACAAGCCUUCCCUCAUGAUAUUUUUUUUAAAGUGGUGAUCAACCUGCUCUUCUGCUUCAGUUGGAGAGCAGAAUGUGUGAAUAAGAUCACCGAGUAGAGUGUGGCAGUGCAACGCAUCUGCCAUAAGUGAUGGGGCAUUUUUUAUUAGCUUUCAGCUCUUCUGAGUGUUUUUUUUCUCUCCCCUGAAUCAAUUGCACUGCAUCAAGAGCCUGUGUGGUGUUAAGGAGCUAAAGUCACUUCUGUUUAGAAGCCUCGUCUCUGUAUUGGAUGAACACAUACCAAAAAUGCAAUAUUUUCAUUUGCAUUUCAAUGUAGUUUUUUUUAAUCUCAUUAAUAAAAUGUCAAUUUAAGCUUG